AAUAGGAAAAUACAGAAUAAUAAAAUCUAGUUUUAUUAAUUAUUGUUGCCAUAACUUUUUAUUUAGAAAUUUGAUUUUAGAAAUUCACAAAUUAAAGAGAAAAAGACAAAGAAUCCUAAAAGAUAAGUUAAUUAAUAUUUUUAGUGGCAUGCCAUUGUAAAUAAAUUUAAAAACUAAAAGGCAUUUUAUUUUUGUACUUCUAUUUUAAUAGAUUAGAUAGCGAAAACCAAGAGAAGCAAGUAUGGUAAGAAUGAAUAUAGCUUAAUAUCUGGUUAUAUACGUUCCUUUAUUACGGUCUCAGUUGCCAUCUUCAAUUUUAGGAAAUUAUAUAUUUUGUAGUAGUUGUAUAAAAUACUUCAGUGACAUAGUUAGCCUUAUAUUUGGCAAUUAUAUAUGGCCGAAUCCUAAUGUUUGCCUAUGUACACAGCUAGGCGUAGGCAUAUUAACCGAAACCCGAAUUCGAAACCCGAAUCCGAACCCGAACCGAUCCGAAAAACCCGAACGAAAAACUGAACCGCAGUUAAGAAAACCUGGACGGGUUUAGGAUUUAACCAGUCCGAAUAUCCGUACCCGAUUGGUUAUAUCCGAUACCUGAACCAAUUAUCCGAAGUACCCAUAUAUAUAUAUUACUAACCCUAAGCUUACAUCUUCCAUUCCCAUUAAUCUUUCUGUCUUUUCCUUCUUCGACGUAUAUGUUCAGUACAUACUUAAACUCAUUUUAUGACCGAUUACAUGUAUGAAUCACUAUACUUUGCGAUUUUGAUUUAUGUUUGAUUACAAGUAGGAUUUGCGGUUUGUUUUCUCUUUGUUCUUUGCACAUGCGUGAGCUCAAACAUUCAUGAUUAUCCAUGUUUGAUUUUUGUUUGAUUUUGAUGUCUAUUUGAUUUUGAUUUAUGAAUAGAUAGAUUAUUUACCAUUUUCUAUUCAAGAUAAUGCAAAUAGAAAUUACACAAAGAAAAAGAAUACAAACUUGUGCUCCUCAACGUAAUAACAAAUCAGAAAGAUCAUAAAUCUUAGAUUAAGUUGUUCAAUCUUUUAACUUCAACAAUAUUGUUUCUGGUCUCACAAAGUCAAACCAAGGAUACAUAUAAUUUUUUUUUAUUUGUUACACAGUUCGGUUAUACUCGAAAUAACCCGAACCCGAACCUUAAAAACCCGAAUCCGAUCAGAAGUAUAAAAUAACCUGAACGGAUUAUGUACCUCUCCAUCCGAAAACCCGAAGCACCCAAUCCGAACCCGAAUGGGUACCCUAAUGCCCAAACCUAUACACAGAUAUGAAGUCAAUGACAUAAAUUUAGCAAAGAUUAAUGUGAUGUGCGUUUAAUGGCUUAUUAUUAUUGAAUGAGUGAUUGACAUGCAAAAUAUAUGUUCUGAUUGUCAAAUCGUAAGAAUAUAUUCUAAAGAAGGACUUUUCAACCUAUAUAAGAGAAAGUGACGUGAGUCAUUUAGUCAUUUGCUAAACCAUAGUAUUGUCUUCUUGCUUUCUAAAACACUCAAAAUUUUCAUAUGGCUGCAAUGAACCUUAUCUCAAGAAAAUUUUGGUUUUAAUUUUUCAGAAAAAAACUUGAAGUUUCUUUUAUAUGAAAAUGACAAAAUGUUUUUCUGUAUGUUUUAAUAUAUUGUUAACGUUUUAUUUUAUAAGUAAUAGUUAAGGCAAUCUAAGGGCAUCUCCAACCCUACUCCAUUUUCUACUCUAAACAUCAUUUUGGAGUAAAAUCUUUUCCAACCCCACUCCAUUUUCAACUCCAAAAUGGAGCAAUGGCUAGGAUUACUCCAUUUAUGGAGUAAUCUUACUCAUUACUCCAUUUUGGUGUUGAACUUUUUUUAUUUGUGAAUUGGUCCUUUAAAUCUUUAAUGUUUUUAUUUCUUACUUAAAUAAUAUUUUAAAAUGAUACAAUAACAUAAAUAAACAAGAUAUUCCAUUAUUUAAUAAUUUUACAUAAAAAUAUACACUAUAAUCAAAAAAUAAUAAUAUAAAAUAAAGAUAACAUAAAAGAAUUUAUAGUUGUGUUUCGCUAUUAUGGAAGGACAUGUUCGGUUUUGGAAAAAAAUAUGUUACAUGACAUCAAGACUACAUGUAUAAUUUUACAUGACAUGAUAAUUAAGAAUGGGUGUGAAUUUGAUGCACCAACUGAACUUGGAAGAGAAGCUACACCUCCAUAUAUCAAAAUUACAUAAGAUGAAAAUGUCUGAUUUCAAAAUUUUCUUGUUCGAUUUAGGAAUAUCAAAGAUAAAGAAUCUUAUGUUUCAUUACGAAAUGUAUUAGUUGAUCAUUGUGAGAAAAAUAUUCUAAUGCCACUAUUAAACCAACUUAUUUAUUGUCUUUUAUUUUAUUUUUAUGAUUUUUUGUACUUUUUAAUAAUAACUGUUUAAUUUAAAUAAUUUUUUAAGGAAUUUUUGUCAACAUAAAAUAGUUGGGGUUAAUUAGUAAUUUUUUAUAAAUAGAAAGUAUUAUUAACAAUUAUUAAUAAAUUAUAUUAUUUUUGGAAUAGAAAAUGGAGUAAUACAUUGGAGUAAAACCUUACUCCAUUUUGGUGUUGCACCAUUUUAGAGUAAAAUAUGGAGUAAUACAUUGGAGAUGCUCUAAAACAAGUAACCUAAAAGCAGUAACCAAAAAUUUAAACAAAUAUUUAUUUAGUGUGGUGCUAUAACUUUUGCAUCGGCAAUUUUGGUUGGAUUUGGAACAAAAUAGUCAUUUAUAUUCUCUGUUGUAUGUCCAACCCUGUAGACUGCAUGAUCUGUUGGACAUACUGUGUUGUUUGUUGAGUCUUGCUCAUAACUUUAAUGAAAAAUACAAAACAUUUUUGGUAAGAUAUCCUUUACUGUUAAAUCAUCAAUAAGAGAGAAUAUAAUAAUCACUGGUUUAUUUUGAUGAUUAGUGGGUUUCAGUUUAUGAUUUAGUUAAAUUGUAGAAUAAUUGUUCAAGAUAUUGAAUGUUACUUUCAAUUGUAGGGAAUUUUUGAUCUUUAAUCGGCCAUGUAUACCAUAUCUACUCUUUCUUUUUUCACCAGAUUCAAUACACUGAAUCCAGUAACCGACGUAUGAUACAGUCAAGCAACUUUUAAAUUUUACUUUAUUGGAAAUUUCAGGUCAGCCACCUGUAAAAAGAUGAAAUUAGUAUAAUUGAAAGAGUAGUUAAAAAAAGAUAAUAGCAACUAUCACAAGUUAUGACUGCGAUUAUCUGAAAUAUGAGCUUAUAGGGUACUUUUUGUAAAUUAGCAAUAUCUCAAUAUUUUAGUGCCUAUAGCAUGAUUUUCACCCAUUAGCUCAAAAAAGAUCAAGAAUCAAACAUGGUCCAAACUAUCUAAAUCAGGUAUGUUAUCUGUUACAUUUCAAAACAGUCCAUGUACAAUAAAUUGAAUAAAUUUAAAUUAUUACAUAUGUGAAUAUUUAUAAAAUAUAUGGCUGUGGUUGUACAUUACAAAUUAGUGCUUUAUGUUCAAUGUUUCAAGUUUCAUUAGUAAUGAUCUAACGAUACAUAAUAACAAAAAUAUUUGAAUAGUACAAACUAAUUUUCAAUCCAGUUUAUACAUAAUAUCCCCAAAAUGGUAUCAGUUAUAAUAUAUUAUCGGCAUCACAAUCUCACCCUUUGCAAGGCGCAUAUCUCUACCUAGUAUGAAUUAUAAAAGAUACCUGAAUGACUUGAUGGCCAAACCUUUCCAAAACAUAAAAGAAUAAGAAUGUUUUUCAAGUUUUGUUUUUGAGAAGAACGAAAAUUAUUGAUGUUAAGAAAAAGAAAUGCUGAUGGCGAAAAUCAGUUGUCAAAGUGUUUUUUUUUAAAUACAUAUGGUAUUCUCCGCAUUUGAUGAAGAACUCAGUAUAGAACAACCACCAGUAGUGUUUGGACCCACAAUUAAUAUUUUGAAAGCGUUCUGCAGGAAUGUACGAUGCCCACCAAAGAUUAAGCAUUUCUUAUGGUAAUUGGUGUCAGGAUGUAUAGCAGUCAACAAAAAUCUGAGGGGAUAUAUAUUGUGCCAUAUGUGGAGCUACAGAUGAAUCGAUAAACCAUGUGUUUUUCGAAUGUCCUCCAGCGCACCAGGUUUGGGCCCUCUCACAAAUAUCAUCAAAUCCAGCUAUUUUCCCCACUAGUUUUCUCUUUACAAAUAUGGAUCAUUUAUUCUGGAGAGUUCACUCCAAAAUGGAUUAUCAUCAAUUUGCAUGGAUUCUAUGGUACAUUUGAAAAGAAGGAAUAAUAAGAUUUUCAGUAAUCUGGACAUUGAUCACAGGGAAACGCUCAAAUUUACUGAAACAGAAUCAACACUUUGGACUGAAGCACAAGUGUUGAACACGAAGAGGGCGGCACAGCAUGUAGAGGCUUUGAAUCUCCCGUCAAUUUCAGGGAGUUGGUGUUUUACACAUGGUUCUUGGAAAUAUAAUGAGUUAUUCUCAGUACAAGAUUGGUAUAGUAUUCUAUAAUGCUUUGAUGGGGGCAAGAAAUGUAAGGGCUAGUCUUUCUCCUCCUCACUCGGAGGUGGAAGCGCUACUUUGGGAAAUAGAGUAUAUAAGAAAUUUAUGUCAGUUUAUGAUCACAUUUGCAACAGAUUUUUCUCAAUUGGUGAAGAUAGUUUUGGAACCACAAGAAUGACUCCCUUUUGCAAGUUAUUUUGAAGAUAUUAAGACCCUGUAAAAAAGUUUCCUCAGUUCAAAUUUCAUUUAUGUACCAAAAACGCAGAAUUUGAAGGCAGUCUAGAACGAAGUGUCAGGAAACAACCGUCUUUCGUCGUUCACAUGAAUUCGGAGUUACACUGUGGUUUACAGAAUCUGUUUAAGUUGAUGAUAAAAAAAACUGAAAAACUCAAUAUAUAAUGAAAAAUUACGCAGAAAUAAAAUAAUAUUAGAUGCGAGCAUUUAACUUUAAACACUGAGGAGCAAACGAAUUCGAACAUGAAUAAAAUAAAACAUAUAGAAGUUAUUCGAAACACUGAUGUAUGGAGUAUGGUUAUUUUUUUGAAACUAAUGGAGUAUGAUUUUUAUGGGACAUGAACUCAAUUAAUAUGCAGGCGAAUAUAUCUAUAUUAUUAAAAGAGAAGUACUAAUAUAAAUUACCCAUUAAUUUUUAAAGUUAUUUAUAUUAGAAUGCCAUUGAAAUAAUAAAUUUAACUACCUUAAUUAUAGUUAUUUUUUUCCUAUUACAAAUGCAUUUUUCUAAUUCGAAUUUUAACAAAUAAACACGGCAACAAUAACUUAUAUUAAUUAAACAUUAAUGUAGAUCUGUAAAAUUCGUUGAUCUAGGCUGGAUAUAUUUAGAAAUAUUGUUUCUAGAUGGUCUGUUUAAACUGAGGAGAGAUGAUUAUUUAUAUAAAAAUUUGAAAACAUAAAUUGUUAUUCAGGUAUUAAUAAAAUAUGAUUAUUACCUUUAAAUAUGAAAUAUAAAUUAAAAUAAUAUGAAAAAUAUUGAUUAAAUAAAAAUAUAAUUUUUUAUACUUAUUCUUAUAAUAUAAAAAUAAAAUUGGCAGGUUUAAUAUUUUGGAAAGUAUUAAACCAUAAAAGUCAUAUACCUUAUGAAUAUAACAAUAAAAUCUUUGGAUCUACAUAAUAUAUCUUAUUUAAACUAAUAAUCAGUGGGUUUAAUAUUUUGAAGUGUAGAAUGAAACUUAUAGUAUAACAAUAAUCAAUGUUCUAUAUAUAUUUUAAUUUAUAUAAAAUUAUUGAUGAAAUAUGUUCAUUCUUAACCAAAAUUGAUUUUUUGUACAUUUGAUAUGAUGUAUGUUAUUAGCGCAGAACCACUCAAUUUAGAACAUAAUAUCAUUUGAAACUAUAUAGUUAUAUUUCUCAUUAUUUAUUAUUAAUAUUUGAAAAAUAAAAACCACAUGAAAUAAUCAUUUAUAUAAUAUAUAAAUAAAAUAUAAAUUAUUCUGCUAAUAUACUAUUGGUAGCAUAUUUUUAUAUAAAUAAAAGUACACUAAAAAUUGAAUACAAUAAAUUUAUAUGAUAAAAAUAUGGAUGAUAAAAUUACUUUCAAAAAAUAAAAUAUAAUUACGCAAUGUGAUAAAUAGAAUUAUUAUGUUUAAAAUGUCAUGUUAAACAACUAUAUAUUAUGUGUAAACUAUAAAUUUAUAUUAUAUAAUUUAUACAAAAAAAUUAUUUAUAAAAGUGAAAAUAAAUACCCGUGCGAUCGCACGGGUCAAGCUCUAGUAUAAGACUAUAAGAGAGUCGAGAAAUCAAAAGAUAGCUUCUAAAGCAUCUUAGAAAAUGAAUAAUACGAUAGACAAUAGAAUACUGAUGAUAAUAAUCAUCAAAUAAAACGGGAAUAAAACUAAAACUUGCAUAAAUUUUUGAAAGAAAACAUCUUAGAAAAUUAAAAAAGAUAUAUCGUUGUACUAAAAAAAAAAUAUGACCAAGUUCUUAAAUAUUAUUAUUAGUUGGGUGCAUUUUAGCAACUUGUGUAAACAAUAAUGGUCGUGCUUUACAAUAAGAUGAUAACAUAUGUUUCUUAUUCUGUCACGAAUAAUUGUAUCAAAGCAGAAAAGAAUUAGAAAGUCAUUAUAUGCCAACGAGAGACAGGACAUUGCUUAAUCCAGCUCAGUUUUCGUAUCUACAGUUAAUCUCACAAUCUCUAUUAAAUAGUCGAAUCCCUAUUUCAUCUCACAUCACAUUUAUCAAAAAGAGUUAUAAGAUUAUUCUUUGGUCGUAAUAUAAUAACCAGUAGCUACCACAAUACGACAUGACUCAAGAGGAGCAGAAGAAAAACGUAACAGAGCCAAAAACCGCCGUGUCAAACCCUUCACCACCGUCCUCGGAGGAGAAGACUGAUGAAUCCAAAGCUCUUGUUCUCAUCGUUGCAAAAGAACCUGUGGAAGAGAAGAAAGAAGGUUCAGUUAACCGAGAUGAUGUUUUGGCUAAACUCGAGACAGAAAAGAGGAUGUCUCUCAUCAAAGCUUGGGAAGAGGCUGAGAAAUCCAAAGUGGAGAACAAAGCUCAGAAGAAGCUUUCUUCAGUUGGAGCUUGGGAAAACAGCAAGAAAGCAUCUGCAGAAGCUGAGCUAAAAAAAAUCGAGGAACAACUCAUUAAGAAGAAGGCCGAGUACGCAGAGCAAAUGAAGAACAAAAUAGUUCAAAUUCACAAAGAAGCUGAAGAGAAGAGAGCCAUGACCGAAGCUAAGCGUGGGGAAGAGAUUCUCAAGGCCGAGGAAAUGGCUGCAAACUACCGAGCCACAGGAACUGCCCCAACAAAGUUAUUUGGCUGCUUUUGAGUUAUGUGGAUUUUGAUGUUGCUUUCAUGUUUUUUUUUUGUUUUGCUUUCACGGCUGUCGUCAUUAAUUUUAAAAGAGAAAGAAAGGUUUCUUUGUGGUUUAUGGAGUUGGUGCUGGUUUAAUUUGGCAAUAUACACUCUUAAUGUCACGGCUUGUUAUGUUUGUGGGGUGGGUGGGGUGGGGUGGGGUUAAUGCCAAGCUUGGCCCCGACGGCUGCAGUUUAAUCGAUUGAAUAUCGAAGAGUCUAAAAAUUUAAGACAAAAUACGAAAUGAAAAUAGAUCGCUUUUUUUUCAUUCCUGAGAAAGUGCAUAUUUUAUCCAAAUUCUCCGUGUAUGCACAUUUGUUGCAUUGGAAGGUUUUAAAAAUAAAGAAUGCAUUGGAUUAUUUUUUUCCAUUGGAAGGUUUUAAUCCUUUUAUUUAACAGAAUAAAGGUAUGGUAAAAUAAAAGUUAAGUUACAAUUUUAAUUUGUUAACCAAAACUAUUUUAUAUUUACGGUUAAUGGGUACAAAAUUUUAAAUUAUAUAUAUGAUUAUGAUCUAGUUACACUGUAACAACAAUAUACAAAAUACGGUUAAGCAUAAAAA